AUGGCGGCGUCACUGCCUGGUUUGCGCACCCAAGACGAGUCGGCCACCAAUGCACUAGACAGAUCUCAACCCCCUACUCCAGAUGGGACAGGACGGCCCGUCAAUUUCCAAGUCAUUGCGCCCGGGCUCUAUCGAUCCAGCUACCCACUCGUUUCCCACUUCGAAACCCUCACCGACCUCGAGCUCAAGACCAUUGUCACACUGGUCCCACAACCUCUCUCCUGCGAGUACAGAAACUUUAUUUCAUCCAACGGCAUCGUCCACCAUCAUAUCCCAAUUCUGGCCAACAAGGAUCCUGAGGUCUAUUCUUCAGACGACACUGUCAACAAGGUCGUAAAACUUAUGCUCGACCCCACCAACUAUCCAAUGCUCAUUCAUUGCAACAAGGGCAAACAUCGAAGUGGAACAAUCUGCGCUGCCUUCCGCAAAGUCACGGGCUGGACCCUGGAAGCUUGUAUCGAGGAGUACGAGCGCUAUGCGAAACCCAAGGACCGCGACCUGGACAAGGUCUUCAUUGAACGUUACGACGCCUCCGUGCUCAAACCUCUGGCCUUUCAAAGAGGCUAUAUUGGUGGCGCGUACGGCAUGGGAAUGACGAGCACCGCUUCCACAAAAUCGUCCGUGUACACCACAAACACUGUGGAGACCGUCUUUACCAACGACGACUACCCGCCAACAUCAAACGACUAUCAGGAGCGCGCGAAAAAGGAGAGUGACGCGUUCCUCAAUUCCACCAGACUAUGGUCCCACAAAUAA